AUGCAAAAACCAUUAGCAAGAUAUGCAGACGAUCAAGACCUUGAGAAUUUGUUGAAGUCUAAAAUCAGAGAUGGAGAUCCAAUGCUCGAAUAUAUAACAAAAAAUAAAGGAUCAGGCGAAGAUUCUCCUGAUGGUGUGAGACAUGAAGUAAGAGAAUUUCGAGGGUUUUGUCCACCAAAUAGGUUUGGCAUACGUCCAGGAUUUGCAUGGGAUGGUGUAGACAGAUCAAAUGGUUAUGAACAGAAAUGGUUAUUGCAGCUGAAUUCUCAGAAAGCUGUGGAAGAUGAAGCAUACAAAUGGAGCAUUUCUGACAUGUAA